AUGUUUUCGAAUGUGGGUCAAUCAUCGGAACGGAGAACGGAGGACGGAAAGAGAAAAGAUCACCAUUCUCCUCCAAUCACUCAUUAUGGCGAUCAUGAUGAUGACUCUGAAGAGCACGAUGAUUUUAAAAAAAGAAAAGUUUCCGAGAACGAGGAUGAUUCUAAAUUCUCACAACAAGUCAUUCACGACUUGAUUGAACAAAAGAAUUUUGAACAAGCCUUAAAUUUAUUGAUGAAAUGGAUGAAUUCGGAUCGAGCAACUCCAGAUGAUAGUGUACACAUCUUUGAAUAUUUAAAAAAAAUGUACAAAUUUGGAUUUUCUGAUUUUUCGCAAACAUUUCGAGAUUUGGAAGAUGAACAACAUCAAAAUGAUUGUAAAAAGUUACUUCUUGCAUGCAUGUAUUGUGGAAGAUGUGGACAUGCAAUUGAUUAUGAAAAAGCAAGAUUGUUAUUUCAAUCCGAUUCACUUAAAUCUCAUUACCUUUCUCAGAACAUGAUUGGAAAUCUUUACUUUGAAGGAAAGGGAGUUCCAGUCGAUUACUCAAAAGCAAAAGAAUACUAUGAGUUGGCUGCACAUCAAAAUUAUUCGAGUGGAGUUCAUAAUUUGGGAAAUGCUUAUUACUAUGGCUAUGGUGUGACACAAGAUUAUGCAAAAGCUAAAGAAUGCUUUGAGAAAGCGGCUGAAAGAGCACUUUUUGAAAUGACAUGUCGUCAUCAUUUUUCCUUUGAAAAUCAUUAUGCAGAAGCAUUGUGUGCACUAGGAAUGUUGUAUCAGUAUGGAAUAGGAAUUGAUCAAGAUUUUCACAAGGCGAAAGAAUGUUAUGAAAUGGCAUCAAACUAUUGCUCAGCCAAAGCAUACUAUAAUUUGGGUAUCAUGUUUAAUUUAGGAUUUGGAGUGGAUCUUGAUUACUUGAAAGCGAAAGAAUAUUAUGAGUUGGCUGCAGCACAAAAUCACUCUCCUGCCAUCAAUGAAUUAGGAAAUUUGUAUUUUAAUGGCGAUGGAGUCGAUCAAAACUUUGAAAAAGCCAAAGAGUACUACAUGCAAGCCAUACAACUGAACAAUGCUGAUGCCACCUUUAGUUUGGCAGAAAUGUUUGAAGAUGGUUUGGGAGUCACUCAAAAUAUCGAACAAGCUGUGAAAUAUUACAAAAUGGCUUCCAAUUUAGGACAUCCUGGGGCUCACUAUCAUUUAGGAACCAUGCAUCGAGAUGGCAUUGGUAUGUCUCAGAAUCUCACUCUAGCAAUUUACUAUUUCGAGCUAGCUGCCAAACAAUGUUUUUUCGAUGCAGAUGAACAAUGUAAGGAUUUGAGGUGGAAACGAUUUUGUUUACAUUUCCACACUGGAUUGAUGAAACAAACAGAGGAUGAAGAAUCGAGUGAUCGAUUUUCAGAUGUGACUAUUAUUUCGUUCGAUGAGGAAGAGGAAAACGAUUACUAG